ACCACCUCCUCCUCCUUCCCGACCUUUGUUCUACCAGCAUUGAUCUGAGUAGCGUCCAUUCGAGUACAGAAACCACCGCGCGUCUGAAGAGUCCCCCCCAUCUCCUCAUAUCGCCCAUCAUGCCUACGCCCGUCAACACCGACCAGAUCCUGAAGGAUGUCAACAUCCUCGGCAGGCUCGACGACCAGCGGCGGCGAGUGCUCAGCAAAGAGGCCAUCAUCUUCCUCGCCGUGCUCCACCGCACCUUCAACGCUACACGCAAGUCGCUUCUCGAGAGGCGCCAGGUUCGCCAGCAAGAGCUUGACAAUGGCCAUCAACUCGACUUCCUCCCCGAGACCAAGCACAUCCGCGACAACAAGACCUGGAGAGCUGCUCCACCCGCGCCUGGAAUGGCUGACAGACGCUUGGAAAUUACUGGGCCCGUUGACCGAAAGAUGGUUGUAAACGCAUUGAACUCGGAUGUAUGGACAUAUAUGGCCGAUUUCGAGGACGCCAGUGCUCCCACGUGGGACAACAUGAUCAAUGGCCAGGUCAACCUGUAUGAUGCCAUUCGCAAACAAAUUGACUUCAAGCAAGGCGAGAAGGAGUACAAGCUGCGUACAGACCGCACACUUCCAACCCUCAUUGCUCGUGCCCGUGGUUGGCAUCUCGAGGAGAAGCACUUUACCGUUGAUGGAGAGCCAAUGUCUGGUUCGCUGUUCGACUUUGGAUUAUACUUCUUCAACAAUGCCCAUGAGUUGGUGAAGCGUGGCGCUGGUCCAUACUUCUAUCUGCCCAAGAUGGAGUCCCACCUCGAAGCACGUCUCUGGAACGAUGUCUUCAACCUUUCCCAGGACUAUAUUGGCAUGCCGCGUGGCACCAUUCGUGGAACCGUCCUCAUUGAGACCAUUACAGCCGCAUUUGAGAUGGACGAGAUCAUCUACGAGCUCCGCGACCACUCUUCUGGCCUGAACUGUGGUCGAUGGGAUUACAUCUUCUCCGUGAUCAAGCGCUUCCGCCAAAAUCCCGCCUUUGUCCUCCCCGAUCGAUCGGCCGUGACCAUGACCGUACCAUUCAUGGACGCUUAUGUUCGCCUGCUCAUCAAAACUUGCCACUCCCGUGGUGUCCACGCCAUGGGUGGCAUGGCAGCCCAAAUUCCCAUCAAGAACGACGAGAAGGCUAACGCAGCGGUCAUGGACCAGGUUCGUGCUGACAAGCUUCGUGAGGUCCGUGCUGGCCACGAUGGCACCUGGGUUGCUCACCCAGGUCUCGCACCUAUCGCGGGUGCCGUCUUCAACGAGCACAUGCCCACACCUAACCAAAUCUACCGAAGACGCGAGGACGUCGAAGUCAAUGCCAAUGAUCUGCUGAACAUGAAUGUUCCUGGCAAAGUCACCGAGGACGGUAUUCGUAAGAACUUGAACAUUGGCUUGGGCUAUAUGGAGGGUUGGCUUCGUGGUGUCGGAUGUGUUCCAAUCAACUUCCUCAUGGAGGACGCAGCGACCGCCGAGGUAUCGCGAUCGCAGCUGUGGCAGUGGUGCAGACAUGGCGUGUCCACUGCAGAAGGCAAGAAGGUCGACAAGCAGUAUGCAUUGAAGCUCCUGUACGAGCAGGCAGCGGAACUCGAAAAGAAUGGACCAAAGGGCAACAAGUAUAACUUGGCCGCCAAGUACUUUGCCACGCAAGUCACUGGCGAGGAGUAUGCAGAGUUCUUGACAUCAUUGUUGUAUAACGAAAUCACGAACCAGGGUGACAAAAUUGCUGCCGCCAAGUUGUAAAUUUAUGCAAAUUUCUUAUUGAUUUAUGAAGCCAUGUAGAUGCGUCCACCAGAUAGUGUAUUGAAUCACCUACAGCUUCUUUGUGAUUACUACGUCAGAUUUGCUCGCUACCAUACCUCUCGAAGAGAUGUUGUGCAGAGUGUCCCGUUUUCGAGUUGUGAGGCUGUAUAUGACUGUUCACCAACUCCAGCAGGACGUAUGUACUACAGCAGGAAGGAACGCCCGUUGGUCGAAUACUGCAUUAGCAUUUCUUCCACGAAAAGACGGCGAAAAGUGCGCAUAUGUAUGCCAAAAGACAGAAGAGCCAAGACGCGAAAAAGAGUCUAUCGAUGCGUUGCUGAUAUCAUGUUCUGCCAAAUGCCUGUUGGUUAUCACCUCUGCUGGAGUACAAUGGUCUCCAUAUAUCAUGAAUUCGUUAGCCAAAUACCUCAGUGCCCAUCCUUCCACCAAGUUCUAUUUCCUCUACCACCAGUUACUCGAACGCUUGUGGUUGUAUUUCUUCUCGCCCGGCAAUUUGGCCUCAAUGACUUCCUGCAUGGUGAGAUUCUGCCAGAUCUCGAGCGGCAGCCAUCCAAUCCUCGCUCUGUCACCGAAGCCGCCAAACCAGUAGAUAUGGUCUACCACCAAUUGUGCAUAGUGGCUUUGGUGGAUGUCAUUUCCCGGCUGCCAAUAGAUCGAGUCGGGAUGGCUUCGGAGGAAGCACGCUUGAAUCUUCCCAUCUUGGAGCCUCUCUGCAGAGAUUGUCUCCAAGUGCCCAUGCAGCGAGAAGCGCGGCAGAGCGGCGGGGGUGUGUGGUGUGGGAAUCUCGUCUUCAUCUUGUGUUUUCCACAUCCAGCUCGUGAACGUGUCAAGCAUCGAGUAUGUAUUCUUUUGUAUCGGCCACCAUCGAAUACUGAGAGAUAUGUUGGAACCGUGAUUAUAAUUCUUAUAUGGCGUCGCAAUAUCCAGCGCGAGCAGCACGGGAUUGCCGCUGUGAGGGUCGCAGUCGGCGUAGUACUCCAUGAGGCCUAUGGGCGAGCCGUCCAUGCCCUCGGGUCGGUUUUCGGAUGCGGAGACAUCUUUGUUGCUGGUGGUGCUGGGGAAGACGGUCACGAGAUCGCCAACGGUCGUCAAAUGGAGAAUCUUUCGUGCUUGAGCUACGGACUCUCGCACUGUCGGGAAGUGGAAGUCGUCGCUCGACGAAGCGUCCGGGUUGGCGAAGACGUGCUGUGGCGUAAUCUGUCCGACGGAGCUGGCAGCAGACAGAGCAGCGGUGGCGACGAGAAGGCUGGCAGUCUUCAUCGUAGGCGGUGCAGGCUUACUUGCUUGUAUACUGAAUGAGAAUAUAUAUAUGAGAGUCUUUCGACGUCUGCCUGUCUACAAAGUACUAUGAUAU